AUGUUGCAACAUUUCGCUUUCAGGAAGUACGCGCCUCGUUGUGCAAUAUGUCAUGAGCCCAUUAUUCCUCCCGAAGGAAGCCAGGAGUCUAUGCGUGUUGUGGCAAUGGACAAAAGCUUUCACUUGGACUGUUACAAGUGUGAGGAUUGUUCGCUGAAACUGUCUUCAAAAAUUGAAGGCCAUGAAUGCUACCCACUAGAUGGCCGUAUUCUGUGCAAGGAGUGCAAUCUGAAACGCGUCAGAGAAUUGACAGCCGAGAAAACGACCACUGAGAGUUAG